UCAGUACCAAAAGCGGUAUCCCCGAGCUACACUCAGACUUACCAUGCGGUGUUGCUCAGGGAUUCCCUGCAGCACUUACCUUGUCCGUCGCUCCCGCGAUGUCCCUCCUGCAGCCUCCCCGGCCAUCUCCUCCGGCUGAUGCCGGCAUCCGGCUCCUGUGUUCCGGUCCCUGUGACGUCGGGACGUACGGGCGCCGCCAGAGGCGGGAAAUUUAAAAAUUUUAAAAAAAUGGAAUUUUUUUGUAAACGAAUAUUACAUAUGCUUUGUUCUGUACCCUGCCUGCAUUUUGACUGUUCUUUC